UAAAAGUUCCUCUGCUUUCAUGAAAGUCGUGAUGACUUCAUCAGUGUUUGAGGAGGAAUUGGACACGUGAAAGUUCGUUUCAGGAAGUAAUCAUAAAUAGCAACACAAGGCUGCUUGAGCUCAAACAUAAAUAUUGCUAUAAUUACCCACUACUAUGGAUGUACAUAUCUCAACUACUGAGGGGUCCAGGUCUUGUAACUUUUGUUGUAUCUGAUUGGCUGCAUCGCUUCUUCUUCCGCACUCUCAACGCAGCGUCAAUCUGUAUUCCGCCCUGUCUUCUGCAGGACAGAAACUAAAUCCGUGUUUCUUAUAAACUACAGCUUAUUUAAAGUGGCUGAAGAAAAACAAUGGAACAUCAGCAUGCUGAGUUUGUGGACACACACUAUGAAGCUCUCAUCCAAAGAGUCACAUCUGCGAUGACCAUUGCUGAUAAGCUGCAUGACAACAGAAAGCUUACCUGGGGAGUGUAUUCAAAGAUCACAAAUGCAACCUCUAAAAGGACCCAAACGAGAGAGCUCUUAAACGCUGUGAUAUCUGGAGGACCUGCAGUAAAAUCUGCUUUUUACGAAGUACUGCAAGAAAUCAAGCCUGAUGUCAUUCAAGAACUUGAAGGUUCAUCCUCACAGACGGACUAUGACAAGCAGGUAACUGUGUCUCACCAUCAAAAAGUAGAAACAGAAAAGGUGCAAGAAAAAACAGACAGACCUGAUGAUGAUGAGCUCAUCAGGUGCAACCCAUUAUCAAUAAAAUACAGAAGUAAAAUAGAGGAGCUCCAGAAAGAUCCCUCCAAGAAAAAAGUCAGUAACAUCUACUUUUCCAGAAGUAAUAAUUAUAUUAUUGGCUCUGGAGGAAGUGGCACAGUAUAUCUUGGCCUGAAGAAAGAUGGCACUGAGGUGGCCAUUAAACGAAUAACCAAAGACCCACUGAACAGCAAAGACUUUGAAAAUGAACUGAAACAUCUACGAGAUUUAAAGCUUGAGAGCAAGAACAUCGUCAGGUAUGUGGACUUAGCAGAAGAUGAAGAUUUUUAUUAUCUUGCACUACAGCUUUGUGAAUAUGAUCUGGAGGACUACAUGGAAAAUCUUCGUCUGCAGGAACAAAAGGUCAAAGACGACGCUUUGAGGAAAAUAGUGAAGGAGAUGCUUCUUGGUCUUCAAGUUCUUCAUCAUGCUGGAGUGAUACACCGUGACAUAAAGCCUAGAAAUGUUUUGAUAGAUUCAGGAAAAAAUGCAAGGCUUGCUGACUUUGGCUUAAGUCGCAAACUGGAGGAGGGCAGAAGCACAGUUCAUACUGUUAGAGCUGGUACACAAGGCUGGGAGGCAACAGAGAUCCUGAAUCAGACUGAAAAGGGUCAUUACAAAAAGAGCUCAGACAUCCAGGUUGCUGGGAUGUUGGUGUACUACAUCCUCUCUGAUGGAAAACAUCCUUUUGGGGACAUGAAGGAUUGUGAGGGGAACAUCAAGAUUGGGAUGUACUCUCUUGAACAUGUACAAGAUAUAGUAGCCAAGGAUCUCCUUGAAUGGAUGAUCAACAAAGACCCAGCUGAGAGACUGACCAUUGAUGAGGUCCUACGACACCCUUAUUUCUGGGAUGAUUCCAGCAAAGAUGCUGUCCUCAGGAAGCUGGGUGAUAGGCCUGAAAUCCAGAACUAUGAGACUUUAUCAAAAAUUCGCAACCUCUACAUAGAAAAGGAGGAAACAGACCCAACAGCAACACUGACCAUCUAUGAGGCCUUCAAUCAACUUAAGAUCGAUAAUGAAAAGAAGAGAAAUGACAUCCUUGCUAUAGUGGGUGAGGAUUUAAAAAACCUUUGGAAGCUCUUCGACACUGCAAAAGAUGUCACAGAGGGAAAAACCUUUUCGAAUUGGAAAUCAAAGCUUUCAGACAUAUGGACAGACAUUAACAAAAAGCUUCCAGAGGACGUACUUGGCCUGCUGCGUGUUUUGCGCAACAAACUGGUGCAUGCAAAUGUCAGAAAUGAAUUUGAAGAGAGGAACAUUUUUGGUCUUUUCCCGGACUUCUUCAUCAGUUUACACAGAGUGGCUAAACACUUAAACUGGAAUUAUUGAAGAAGCUGAGAGGACAUUACGCCACAACAUGGCAAAAGCGGUUACAGAUUUCACAUCCAACAUGGAGAGCAGUCAUUCAAGCACUGUUCUCAAAAUUGUUACAUGACUUCAUUUCAAUUGGGUUGUUCCUGGGAUUUUGUAGUUCAGUGGAUAGAUUCACAGAUUAAAGUUAAAAAGAAAAGAAAAGAAGCUGCGAUUAUAUUUUAUCUUUUAAUUACAAAGGUUUCAGUGUCCACUCAAAUAUAAGGUUUUGUUUUAACAAACUAAAAAUGCAGUAGCAAGUUGGUGGAUGUGUAAACAUGUUUGUUUGAAUUGUGCUUUGUGGCUUCUCUGAAAUCGACCACUUAUGUAGAUAAAUGGUUUAUGAAAGCAGUCACUGAGUAUGUCUUUUGGAAAAGCAGGGCCUACAAUCCAAACUAGUGAUGCACUUGAAAAUUAUAUUUUAUGUUUGUUUGGAAAAUGUUUUGAAAUAAAUUUUAAAUAUUUUUCUAAA